AUGCCGACCGUUCCCAUCGUGUACUUUGCCAUUGCGACCGGGCUGGUGUGGUUGAUGUUUUUAGUCAUGGCAGCUAUUCGAGCAUGUACAGGAAAUUACAACACUCAAGCGCCCGAGGGGCAUCUGCGUCCUUCGAGGGUCCAAACCCCACAGAGAUCUGAUGCAGAGAGGGCGGCCAUGCUCGAAGCGAUUGAUGCACACCUGCCUGAAGUCAAGCUGGACAAGGAGCUGACCUGCCCCGUUUGCUUAGAUGUGGUCACCACGGAGCAUCCAGCUCGCCAGCUCGAAUGCCAGCAUGCGUUCCAUUCUACAUGCAUUGCCGGCUGGUUGCUGCAUGGCGCAAGCAAGCAUUGGGACGAUAGCGCCAUCCAGUGUCCAGUCUGUAGACACAAGCAGAUCUUGCACAAGCUCCCCGGAAUGAAUCCAGUUGUGGUUGGAGCCGCACAUGAGGAAAGCUCAGGAAUGGCUGCGUGA